UGAGCGCGCAGCAGAAAGAAUGGGUUCGCACUUUGAGCCCGCCGCCCGAGCCACAUCUAUAGAUAGGGUUUCGUGGCUUUUGCUGAGUUGAUUUAGACGGAGCUGUUGUUCCUCUCUCUCUCUCUCUCUCUCCAAAUGCUUCGGAGAUCGCUGUCGCGAAUCUCACCUCUUCUCUCCAAUGGACUCCUCCUCAGAAGUGGUCCGCGCUGCUGUUCUUCUACUCAUCGGUUUUGUUCCUCCUCUCGCUCCUCUGCGACCCUGAACCCUUCUGUUUCGCGAGAAGAGGAGAGCCGAGAGAGUCCCCGCCCGGCGGCCACAGUCUCGAUCGAUCGCUCAGGGUUGCACAAUCCUCCAGAGCACUCGCACGAGCCUUCUUCUGUUCCUGAGCUUGUUAAGCAUCUCAAGAGCAUCAUAAAGUUUCGUGGAGGUCCUAUAUCAGUUGCUGAGUACAUGGAGGAAGUUUUAACUAAUCCACAAUCAGGUUUUUAUAUUAACCGAGAUGUAUUCGGAGCCGGUGGUGAUUUUAUUACUUCCCCUGACGUGAGCCAGAUGUUUGGAGAGAUGGUUGGUGUCUGGACUAUGUGCCUAUGGGAGCAGAUGGGACAACCAGAAAAUGUGAAUCUUGUUGAACUUGGCCCAGGACGUGGGACCCUCAUGGCUGAUCUUCUCCGUAGCUCAUCAAAAUUUUUGAAAUUUACAAAAUCUCUUAAUAUUCACAUGGUGGAAUGCAGUCCUGCAUUACAGAAGGUUCAAUAUAGUACGUUAAAAUGUGCCGAUGAAGCAAUGAAUGAUGACAGCAGUGCUAAAAGGACUAUCAGCAUGUUGUCUGGAAGUUCUAUUUCAUGGCAUGCCACUCUGGAACAGGUUCCAUUAGGAUUGCCAACCAUUAUAAUUGCACAUGAAUUUUAUGAUGCUCUACCGGUCCACCAAUUUCAGAAAUCUCCUCGAGGUUGGUGUGAAAAGAUGAUAGAUAUCUCAGAAGAUUCAUUAUUCCGCUUCGUAUUGUCUCCGCAGCCUACUCCUGCAAGUCUACUGUAUCUGACAAAGCGCUGCCGAUGGGCAUCCUCUGAGGAAAUAAGAGAUCUGGAACAUAUUGAAGUAUGUCCAAAAGCAAUGGAGCUGACUCAUCAAAUUGCAAAAAGAAUAAGUUUAGAUGGAGGUGGUGCUCUUAUAGUUGACUACGGCAAAGAUGGACUUAUCUCAGAUAGUCUACAGGCCAUCAGGAAGCACAAAUUUGUUGACAUACUAGACAAUCCUGGUUCAGCUGAUUUAAGUGCCUAUGUUGAUUUUGCUUCUAUCAGGCACUCUGCAGAAGAAGUUUCAGAUAACAUAUCUGUUCACGGUCCAAUAACCCAGUCCCAGUUCUUGGGUUCCCUCGGUAUAAACUUUCGUGUGGAAGCCCUUCUACAGAACUGCACCGAGGAGCAAGCGGAGUCUCUGAGAACAGGUUAUUGGCGACUUGUAGGGGAUGGUGAGGCUCCAUUCUGGGAGGGUCCCGACGAGCUGACACCCAUCGGUAUGGGUACUCGGUAUCUGGCAAUGGCGAUCGUAAACAAGAAGCAAGGAACUCCAAUUCCAUUUGAAUGAAAGAUGAAUUGUGCCCAUCUUCCUGCAACACAAGUCCUUACAAUCAGAGGCACAUAGGGCAUUCCAAAUGCAUCUUAUUAGGUUGCAGACGCCUAAUUUGUGGGCACAUUGAUGAGAAGACAAGCAGUUGUAAUCCCUCCUGCAGUUUGAGGGAAUUGUCCAAAUUACAAGCAGUUGUUUGUGGAAGAACAGUUUGCUGUUCCUGUACUGACAUCAAAAUUCACCACAAGUCAAAGACCGCUGUAACUACCGUAUCUAUUGAAUAUUAAUUACAAGUCAAAAGACUCGUUGCAUUAAAGGCACAUGUGGUGUUUCUUUUUAUCGUUGAGAUGUUACCACUAGAUGUUUUUUCUCUUUUGUACUUUUAUUCCUUGGGUUCAUGCAUCACAGCAUGGCAUGCAUGAUGUAUGCAAUAAACGCACAUACUGGAAUUCCAAUCCCUUGUCUCCUCCAUCUUUUAUUAAACCUUGUUGUUCUCUUUGUAUUCCUACCAACUUCCAACCGUUCACUUGAAAUAAUUAUGAAAA